GAGUCACCGCACGACACAGAAAACGAACCAGACCCUAAAAUACACGCCACUAAAAACACACAUGGAUCUAUAGGAACGAGUAUAUCGGUGAAUACAGCAAAAUUAGACGCACCUGACCAUUACCAUAAGGUUACACAUAGCCGUAGUUUAUGCUAGGUUAUGUAUGCAGGGAGAAUUGCAGAUGCUGCGUGGAAGUAAAAUCUUUUAUGGAGGCUUGGAAGGACGCGGGGAGCGAAGAGCCGAAGUGGGGAAACUGGAGAUUGCUACAACGUACUGGAAACAGUACAGCUUCUGCUGGCUACGAGUGACCCACGCGCACGGGACGGGGUGGAAACAUGGCCGCGAAUGGCAACAAUUUAACAUCUGGGAUGGGAGAAAUUAUCCAACUGAACGUUGGUGGGACACGGUUCAGCACCUCUAGACAGACUCUCAUGUGGAUCCCAGACUCUUUCUUUUCAAGUUUGCUGAGUGGGAGAAUAUCAUCUCUACUGGAUGAAACUGGAGCUAUAUUUAUUGACAGGGACCCAACAGCCUUUGCGCCCAUCUUGAAUUUCCUUCGAACCAAAGAGUUAGACUUAAGGGGGGUAAACAUGAACAUUCUCCGCCAUGAAGCUGAGUUUUAUGGGAUAACGCCAUUAGUGAGGAGGUUGCUGCUGUGUGAGGAAAUAGAACGUUCGUCCUGUGGCAGUGUUCUAUUCCAUGGAUACCUUCCCCCUCCAGCUCUCCCAGCCCGUAACUCCAGCCCUACCCCUGCAGCCUCUGGCCUUGCCGCUGAGGAUCGGCCUGGUCCUAGCAGAGCAGAGGGGGGGUUCUCCCAAACCUGCCCCCUCCACCCCUCCCUUCCCGGACCCCCUGGAGCCGAGGGGCCACACAGAUUGGGUGCUGUGGUGGAUCCUAGGAAGGUGCUGAUUGUAGCUGGACAUCAUAACUGGAUCGUAGUGGCUUAUGCACACUUUGUCAUCUGCUACAGGAUAAAGGAGUCGUCAGGGUGGCAGCAGGUGUUUUCUAGCCCCUAUCUGGACUGGUCCAUUGAGAGAAUCGCUCUCAACGCCAAGGUGGUAGGUGGUCCCCAUGGCGAUAAGGACAAGAUGGUGGCAGCCGCCUCCGAUAGCAACAUCAUCCUCUGGAGCAUCCAGGACGGAGGGAGCGGCAACGAGAUAGGUGUGUUUAGUCUGGGUGUACCAGUAGAUCAUAUGUUCUUCAUUGGGAACCAGCUAGUGGCCACCAGUCACACGGGGAAGGUGGGGGUCUGGAACGCUGUCACACAGCAUUGGCAGGUGCAAGAUGUAGUUCCCAUCACCAGCUGUGACACAGCUGGCUCCUUCCUGCUUCUGGGCUGCAACAACGGCUCCAUCUACUAUAUAGACAUGCAGAAGUUUCCUUUGAGGAUGAAGGAUAAUGAUCUGUUGGUGACAGAACUGUACCACGACCCAUCUAACGAUGCUAUAACUGCCCUGAGUGUCUACUUCACACCCAAGACCAGUGUGAGUGGUAACUGGAUAGAGAUAGCGUAUGGGACCAGUUCUGGAGCAGUGAGGGUCAUAGUCCAACACCCUGAGACAGUAGGCUCUGGACCUCAGCUCUUCCAGACCUUUACUGUCCACCGCUCCCCUGUCACCAAGAUCAUGCUCUCUGAGAAACACCUUGUCUCAGUGUGUGCGGACAACAACCAUGUGCGUACGUGGACAGUGACGCGGUUCCGAGGCAUGAUCUCCACGCAGCCUGGCUCCACCCCCCUCGCCUCCUUUAAGAUCCUCUCAUUGGAGGAGACUGAGAGCCACGGCAGCUACUCAUCAGGCAACGACAUUGGUCCAUUUGGGGAGAGAGACGACCAGCAGGUGUUUAUUCAGAAGGUCAUCCCCAUCACCAACAAGCUGUUUGUUCGCCUCUCCUCCACUGGGAAAAGGAUCUGUGAGGUGGCGGCAGUGGAUGGGACCACCAUCUCGUGUUUCACGGUUAGGGAGUGUGAGGGUUCUAGCAGGAUGGGUUCUAGACCCAGGAGGUACCUGUUCACGGGCCAUGGAAAUGGCAGCAUUCAGAUGUGGGACCUCACCACCGCUAUGGACACUGCCAACAAGGGAGAAGAGAAGAAGAAAGAUGAGGUGGGCGGGCCAACAGAAGAGGAGCUGCUUCAGCUAUUGGACCAGUGUGACCUCAGCACCUCCCGCUGUGCCACGCCCAACAUCAGCACCGCCCCCUCGGUGCUGCAGCCCAGCCGUCUCCGAGAGUCCUGCUCCAGCCUCCAGCUGCAGGCCCAGGAUCCCAUUCCAGAGACGGCCACCUACGGAGCUCUGCGACCCUACAGAGAGAGCCCACUGCUGGCCCGAGCCCGGCGCACAGAGUCCUUCCACAACUACAAAGACUUCCAGAACUUCUCCCUAGGGAAAGGCCUGCUGGAGAGCCCUGAACAGGCUCCAGGACAGGGGGCACGCCCAGGUACAGAAGCCAGAACCCGGUCGCUGUGUGAAGCUGGGGGAGAGGAGGUGGAGAGGAGGGGCUCUGCCAUGGAGCUCUGGGCUAGCCGAACCACUAAUGCCGCUUACGCUAAUGUCGUUGCUAACGUUGCUGUGGUCAUAGACGCAGCUGAGGGUAUCACAGAAUCGCCACGGCAACCGCCUGAGAGCCCUGGUGGAGACGUUCGUCGAAGGGUCCAAUCGGAGGAGGAGGAGUGGGCGGGGCUUGGAUCAGGGGCGAAGGCUAGGUCUGAGGUGAGGCGGAAGGCAGGGUUUGAAGGAGGGUUGUUUCUGGGCAGGAAGAGGGCACCUCCCGUCCCCCAGCUCUCCUCGCUGUCCUCGGGGGUGUCCUCGGGGGGAUGCAGUGAGUCCUCCUCCACCGCCUCCCCCUCCCCCACUAAGCUGGCCUCCACUUCCCCCCGACGCAGGAAGUGCAGCGAGCCGGCCAAUCAGGACAGCAGCCUGUGAGUGAAGGACAGCUCUGAUGCAGACACGCCCCUUGUGUUUGUCAGUCAACAGCUUCAGGUAGAAGUUACCUCCGUAAACACUGAUCUAGGACCAGCCUACCCUCCACAACCCUAACCAUUAGGAGGAACUGGCCUUAGAUCAGUGUCUGAGGGCAACUCCAUCUCACAGGCAACACUCAUGUAUGACAUCUCAAAAGAAAGCCCUAUAUUCUCAGUCAAGAGGAAGAAAUUUGACGCAGCCUAAGGAUCAUGACUUUAACCCUUUAUAUAUCUCCAUCAUUGCUAGUAUCUGGUUGCUACACAAUUAAUAAUAAUAAAUCAUUUGGUGGGUGCUUAUAUUUGUUCUAACGUCAUACAUGUACAAGUGUGUAUUAAUACUUGUGUGUGAAUUGGACAUGUGUUUUUUGCAUAUCCCAACUCUCCGGCAGACACCCUUGGAGUGUGGGGUCACGGCCAGGGUGCACCUCCAAUGUUUGUUCCAAUAGUCCCUCAUGACAUCAUUCAGACUUUUUGUGUUGGAUGCAUGUAGUUUACAGACUGUUAACAAAGUGCUACAUACGUUUAUUUCCCCCUUGUGGUUGUGGUCACUUUCCCAAACUCAUAGUUUGGGUUCACAGAUAGUGAACCUUCACACAGUCAUGCUGUUCUACCAGCCAGUAGCCAUGUGUGUUGUGUUUAAGACAUGAAUGAAUUCAACACUACACAGUAAAUCACUUUAUCUAUACUUCUUUAUCGAAACAGACCGACGUCUCAUGCUGAAGAUCGAUGUGACUUUCCAUGGUAUUGUUUCUUUAAAUGUAAAGAGGAUUACAUUUUGUAGUGUCUUCUUUGACAUUAUCUAAGUAUCCCCCUGUCCUGUGAUGGAGAGAGGAUCUAGAGUUUUAAGGGCAGAUUCAAUCAGAUAGGCAGCAGCAUAGCGUUGUUUUGGAGGUGUCGGAGGUGGAACUGUGUUAGAGCUGUCAGAUCCACAAGAGGCUCGUUGCGUUAACUGCCAUUGGAUGCAACGAAACCACACCAGACUAUAAUCCCAACAAAUCCCAUGCGGCCACGUUAAAGUUCAAACACUCAAAUUAGACUAGUGGGAAUAAAUCCCCCAUCAAAUGAGCAUGAAAACAUGCAUCAGCCUCACAUCAAUGACAUCAGUCAUUAUUUUUAACAUGAUAGAAGCCUGCACUUUCUAGUACCGUUUUGAACCUCUAACACAAAGGGAUAAUAAGGAAGGAGAUUGACAGGAGCAUCCGCUCACCGAUAUGCCAGCUCAUACCGCUUGUACACCUCCAACACUCAGGCUGUAUCACAACCACCCGUGAU